GCUGCUGUUCUAGAGAGAAUUUGACUGGACAAAACGAACGUAGUGCAGGAUGAGUCUACAUGUCAUUAUUAUUUUUCUUGUAGCGAGAGACUGUAAACUUUAAAUAUAUCGGCUAACUGUUAAUUUUGUCAACGUUUAUGGUGAUUAAACUAGCAUAGAUGGCCUCAAAGCGAACGGACGGGCUAAAAAUAGGCUUUUAUUUUGAAAUGUCUUGAAGUCUUCGAGCAGUGCGUUCAGCUUCACUCCCUCGUUCGUUCCCCUCAGCGACACUGACAUCAUGGCGGACGCCGAUUCUUGGGAUGCCGAUAGUUUCGAGCCCGAAGCUCCCAUCAAAAACGCGGCAGUUCUUGACAAAUGGGAGGGCGAGGAUGAAGACGACGACGUGAAAGAUAAUUGGGAUGAUGAUGAAGAGGAAGAAAAGGAGGAAAAGAAGUCAGAGACUGAGGCUAAACCUACGGAAAAGAAGAAACUCAGUGAAAAGAUAAAAGAAAGGGAAAAUUUAGAAAGAAAAAAACAAGAGGAGCUCAAAAAACAAUUAGCGUCAUCAAAAGACAGCACAGAACUCACACCAGAAGAGGAGCAGGCAGAAAAGCUUAGAGUGAAAAAACUACAGGAGGAUUCAGACUUAGAACUAGCAAAAGAGGCAUUUGGUGUAGUAUCAAAUAACGUUUCAGGAAUUGACGCGAUGAGUCCCUCUUCGAAAGAAGACUUCACAGAGUUUGAGCGGUUGCUAAAAGAAAAAAUAUCUCCCUAUGAGAAGUCUAUACACUAUUCCAGCUUUUUAGAGACGCUGUUUAGGGACCUGUGUCUUUCAUUGGAAGUUGAAGACUUGAAGAAAAUUAGCAACUCACUGACAGUGUUACUAAGCGAAAAGCAGAAGCAAGAAAAGGCAAACAAAGGUAAAAAGAAAAAGAAGGGAGUUAUACCAGGAGGAGGUUUUAAAGCCAAGCUGAAAGAUGAUCUGGCAGACUACGGGGAGUUUGAUGGCGGUUAUGCACAAGACUACGAGGAUUUCAUGUGACCAAGGCUUAACCCAUUGAUAACUUUCGCUGGUUGCUGAACCAUACACCUUAACAGCAUGACCUUACCCCUCAGUCAGGCCCACUUACCAGAAUCAUGCUAGGAAACUCUGAACGCCAUCCCACGCAAUGCACACUCUCCCCCCCCCAAAGAGGUUUAUGCAGAGAAUGAAUUAACUGAGGUAUUUUCUCUGUUGUGAAUUUAGGUCAAUGUUUGUCGGAAUAAAAAACCGAUGAAACGGGCUCUUCCUUGCAAAUGUGAUCAAUUAAUCGUGACAGUCCAGGAUUAUAUGAACGGUGUGUUAUUGUUCGGUAACUUCUACUUGGAAAUAAAUGACAUUCUAUGCAAAUUUCUUUCCGUAUUGAUCUCCAUGUCGUUCGAUUCGCUUCGGGCGUUUUCCUUGUUGAAUGGGAUGUUCCUUUAGGCCGACUAAGACAACCUGAAGUGAUGAUAUCUAAGUAGUCACAUGGUUCAUAAAUCAUGUCUACACAAUCAAACGAUUCAUUUUUUUGUUUGUUUGUUUUUGUUCAUAGACGAUAGUGAGCUCAAUUGUUUAGAUGAGUAAAUCUAGAGUGUAGCAUACCUAGUGUAAGCAUAAUACAUCGAAGAUAACGCCUUUUCGUUUGUAGCUCGUAUUGCAUUCCAUGUAAAGUCUAAGACCAAAAGUAUCAAAUGAACCGUUUUGAAGAUACAUUGCAGCAUUAUUAGGAUUACCUCAAUUUUUGCAGAGAAAAAUAUGUGAAUAAUUACAAAUCUAACUGGUGUUUUCAUUGCAGCACGUUAUGCAGUUGCUCAUUUGACCUCGACCAUGCCAGCAAAGAAAGAGCGCGAUUCUUCUGCUGAUGAUGAAUAAGGGACUGAAAGUUGACGUAGGGUCUUUUCAGGCGUUGUUUGGCUUUCCAUUUUUCUUGAAAACUUAAACAAAGUGUGGUAGACAUGCUCUAAAGAGACUUAAGAUCAGCAAAGUCGAUAAUAGGACUCUGCACUGUUUUAUAAAGAUCUAAUUUAAUAAAAGUUGCUUAUAAUUCA